AUAAAUUAUGAAUAUCCGUGACUUAACUCGUAUAUUAUUGCUUUUUUGCAUGCAUGUGGUGAUUAAAUUUGUCUAUUUUUAUUUUUCCACUUCGAGCAAAGCCACAAAAUCUGCCAACAUUAAAGCUAAACCAGUCUGGCAACUCCAACGGCCGCCAGACAAAAAUUUGUAGCCACAUAUAAUGCACAUUAACUGUAAAUCAAUUGCGGUGAAAGCUCCAAUAAAUGGCAUGACAUUACCGAGUCGGAGCGUGUGCAACAGGACACACGGAAUGCCGAUGGCUUUAAUUUUUACAUGAAAUGCAAAAUGUGUGGCCGCGAGAACAGCAUGGAUGUUGUGGAGAAAACCAAUGUGCCCUACACAGCCGAUGAUUCCGGCAAAUACAAAACAAUUGUGGUGUUCGAUUGUCGAGGUGUGGAGCCCGUUGAGUUUUCGCCACGCAGUGGCUGGAAGGUAGAAUGCGCGGAGAAUGGCCAGAAAUUUGAAGACGUGGACUUGUCCGAGGACGACUGGGUAGAAUACGACCAAAAGAAUAAAAAUUCCGUUGGUGUGUACGAAUUUGCUUCCAAGUUCAUUAAGCUGAAGAAGUAAACUAGGCAUUUAUAUAUGUAAAUAAAUAAAAACAUGUGUUUUUUCAAAGCAA